AUGGCGCGCACCGACAGUCACUAUGCCCGGGAGCCGGUCUUCCAAGUUUCGAAGGGUCGCAUGUCUCGUGACUCCACGUCUUCUUUACGCUACAUAAAAGAGAUGCGCUCCGCUACUCAAGCGGGCACGGAAGGCCGAUGGACUUCCGAGAACUCCGGACCGGCCCUUUCACCUUUGGAAGCAGAUGCCUCACACGAGCCGUCUCUAUUCUCGGAAUCCUCCGAGCCUAUCCAAGCCCCAGAGGAUAGACGCGGGCCGGUCCGCUCGAAGACCACACCAAAUAUGACCUCGAGUGAACCAUCUUGGACUGUCGAGUCCACUCACUUGAUGUCUCCCACGGAGCUGGAUGAAUCUCCUGAUGGCCACGACCAUGGGUCGCAGAAAAGCAAACAUAUCAAGCCCAAAGUACAUCUCAAACCGAUGCUCCGGAAGAUGUCGCGUGAUGAGGCGCCGUCAACAUCCAUUGAUCUGUCUCGUUCAUCAACCGAGCAGGAGGGACUGGGAAUUUACAUGAAUCUCGAUCGGGAUCGGCGCCCCAGCGACUCGCUGACCGGGGUAGCCUUCCGCAGAACGCCCUCCGGCUUUCACAAUCGGUCCACCAGUGGGACGUCUCAAUUUUCAUCAGGGACUACCUCGAGUGGUAGUAGACGGGGUUCACAAUAUGUGCAUCCUUUGCGUCCCACGCCCCGCGCCUACACACCGCCACUGAGUCAAUCAUAUCAAACUCCUGAGAAUGAGAACGAACAAGAGAAUGAAAGCCCGGAAGUUGAAUCACGAACCCUGGCAAGCCUGGAAACACAUCGGCCCACUCGCGCUGCAUCGGGGCCCGUUCCGCGGCUUUCCUUGCAGAUUGAAAGUGACGUUUUGAUCCAGGGAAUUCCCAACUUAUCGCAAACCAAUGUGGCCGGCCGGCCCUCCUUUGGCUAUGCCCGUGAUAAUGGAAGUACUUUGGAUACCGCUUCUCCGAUCUCUCGGUCCUCUCUUGACUUCGUUUUUCGCUCUCGCACCCGGACCAGCACAGACCCAGUAUCCCGAGCAGCUGCCAUUCAAGCUGCCCGGCAGGCAUUCGAAGAGAAGGAAGCAGCCAAGGCUCGUCGACUUGAAAAACAACAGAACAAAGCCGAAGACAAGCAAAUCUGGCGUCGCGUGAAGCGCAAGCAGUCAGAUGGCCCGGAGUCCCCGCCUAUCCAACCUAACGAGAUUCUUUCGGAGAAAUCUUCACCAUCGAAAGAAACGAAGCGGCCGGGAGUACGUGAUCAGCAACGACCGACCUCGUGGAAAUCACAGUCGAAAAACACCUGGAUGCUCUUCAUGACGUGGCUUCGGACACGCAUUUUCAAGAUUCGUCGCAAGCUUCGGAAGACUAGCUGA